CUACCGCAUGAUGUGGCAGGUACUCUAACAGAAGUACCAUCUGCGAGUGAAGAGGGACCAUGUAAUGAAUUUGCUCCGGGAGCUCAAUCCUCGGGGGUGCGAGAGGAGAGCAUGUAGAAGGUUUAUAAGGAGAACCUACCACUCCAUGGGACCGAACUAUAUGUGGCAUGCAGAUGGUUAUGAUAAACUCAAGCCAUUCGGUUUGGCUCUUUCAGGCUGUAUCGAUGGGUUUUCACGUAAAGUACUAUGGCUUGAAUGUGGACCAACAAAUAAUAACCCAGCUGUGAUCGCUCACUAUUUCCUGUCAUGUGUGCGAAAACUCGGCGUCAUUCCCAUGAGAUUGAGGACUGACUGCGGCACGGAAAAUGGGACCAUGGCCGCAAUUCAGUGCACCCUACGUCACAACCACAAUGACUGCUACUCUGGAGCGUCCAGCCACAUGUAUGGCUCAUCCACAAACAACCAGAGGAUUGAGUCUUGGUGGUCCAUAUUCAGAAAGGGAAGGGGUCAGUUCUGGAUGGAGCUAUUUGCAGACCUUAGAGAUGCCGGAUACUUCAACAGGAGCCAUGAGCAUCAGUGUUUACUGAGAUACUGCUUUGGAAAUGUUAUUCAGAAGGACUUGGAUGAGUGUGUGAGACUGUGGAACAGCCACAGGAUUCACCCCUCUAGAACAGCAUCAUGUCCAGGAGGAGUGCCCAAUGAACUCUACUACUUGCCACACAGGUUUUGCUCCAGAGACUGUGGAUUUAUAGUUGAACAGGUUGAACUUGAUGGCUUUCCUGAGGCACUUCCAACAAGAGCUCCAUGCGGGGAUGCAAACAUGCAGGAGUACUUGGACUUUGCCAUGGAGCACACUUAUUUACAGAAGCCUGAGAAUUGGCAGUCUUCAACUGAACUCUAUCUGAAGCUAAAAGAAACUGCUCAACUGUGA